AUGUCCUCCUGUAGUCCUUCCGCGUCCUCCUCCCGGGUCGAGCCCGAAGAAGGAAGAACAAGCCCAUCGGCCGCCGCAGCCGUCACCAUCGCCGUGGCGGGGACCAUGCCUCAAGCUGAGCUGCAAGUGCCGCGGACCCCAGCUGACGCCAGCUUCGACUACCCCAACCCCCGGGUCUUCAACCCGAGAGGAAUCCUCAAGCUCUGGGCCAGUCACAGCUGCGUCAGCCCCCGAGCCAUCGGCCCCAGAAGGAGUGUGAUCGUCCACUCCCGGAAACAAGCAGAAGAAUUGAAGACCCUUGCCUGCGACCGCAAGGAACUUGCUGCCCUGAGAAGACGCCUUGACGACGAGAGGACGGAGAACUCGCAUCUCGAGAAGGUCAACGUCGAGCUCCAACAACAACUUGAGGAACAGAAGAGGGAGCACGAGGCACAUAAGCACGAGCACCAUGCAACCGACCAAACAUCUUCCUUUUCACGAUCACUGCAUCCGCUCAACCUGCUGCCCCUCAUCUACAAUAUAUAUAGAAUAUAUGAGCCUCUUUCUACCUCACUUUCCUUCAACUUCGAUUUCUCCCAACCGGGUGGCUACAACGCUGCAAACUUCAGCUUCGACGGCGACACACACUACAACUUCCAGGCCCAGGUGAUCGAGCUGACAAAGAGUGACGGGAACCAAGGCUUGGACAACAGCGUAGGCCGGGCGUCGUACAAUCAGCCUGUGCGCAUCUGGGACGAGGUGACCGGCGAGCUUGCUAGUUUCACCACCGCAUUCUCCAUCCAAAUCCUGCCGGACAUUAUAAACAACCACACCGCAGGCGACGGUAUGGCUUUCUUCCUCGGGCAUUACCUUUCGAGGAUCCCUAGCGUCAGCGGGGGUGGCAACCUCGGCCUCUUCACCGAGGGUGAAAACAGCACCAACGCGACGGGAGACAAUCGGGUCGUGGCGGUCGAAUUCGAUACAUUCUUGAACUUAAACUACGACGAAACCAGUGACAACCACAUGGGAAUUGACACCAACUCCCUCAUCUCGAAGGAGUACACCAACACUAGCGUGCCUGGGAAGAACCUGACCUCCGGUCUCGUGAUGACCUGCCAGGUCACCUACGUCAACAGCACGAAGCGCCUCGCUGCUGACCUCCAGAUUGGCGACGUUACUUACCACGUCGGCACUAGUGCUGACCUGAGCUUGCUCUUACCGAGCGUGGUGGCAAUCGGCUUCUCAGGGGCUACUGGCGUCGCGUUGGAGCAACACCGGGUUCUGGCAUGGUCAUUUAACUCCACACUCGAUAGGACCCCUGAAACUGCACCGCCGCUUCCACCACCGUCUGCACAUGCACCGUCAGCUUCAUCUGAUAAUGGUCAUCGUGGUGGAGGUUUCUUCUCAAAAGUUUCAUGGAAGAUAGCUGGACCAAUAGUCGCAGUAGUUGUGGUACUGCUGGUAGCUGCCUUGGGAGGUCUCUUGUUGUGUCUAUUGAAGCCAUGGGCAGGAAGAAAGAGAGAGAAGUUUUUAGCUUCGGAUUAUAACAAGCGAGGUGAGAGUCAAGAACCAACUUCGGAAGAGGCUCCUGCCAACAUCCCGAGACCUUUCAGCUACCGUGAGCUGGCCAAGGCGACAAACAAGUUUUCAGUGCAAAAUAAGCUCGGGGAAGGGGGCUAUGCCAUCGUUUACAAGGGCCAACUGAAGAAUCCAAACCGACUCGUGGCCAUAAAAAACUUCAAACUCGUAAGGCAAUCGACUACUGAAAGGAGGAAGGCGUUCGAGGAUGAAGUCAAGGUUAUUAUUAAAGUCAGGCAAAGGCACCUGGUUGAGUUAGUAGGCUGGUGCAUUGAUGAAGAAAAGGAUAUCGUGUCACUCGUUUACGAGCUUGUGUCAGAAGGGAGCCUCCAUGAACAUUUGCACAAGGGAAGGAGUUGGUUGUCAUGGCCCAGGAGGUAUCAAAUUAUCCUCGAUCUAGGGUGUGCCCUGCGGUAUCUUCAUGCAGAGUGCACGGAGUGCGUCUUGCAUGGUGACAUAUCAGCAUCUAACAUACUGCUCGAUGCAAAGCAUGGAGCUAAAUUGGCAGACUUCGGUUUGGCAAGGUUGAUGGACCACGCCAUGGAGCUAAAAACGACCUGCAAUUUGGCUGGAACGCCAGGCUAUAUCGAUCCGGAUUUUGUGGACACCAGGAAGCGGAGCAGGGAGUCGGAUGUCUACAGCUUCGGCAUUGUUCUUCUAGAGACAGUCACUGGGCGAAGCCCCGCUGCUGCUGCUGGAGACCUUGUGUCCCCCUUGCUAAAGUGGGCAUGGGGCAUUCAGCGCAGCAGUACGAUCCUGGAAGCAGCGGAUCCAAGGCUCAGACACGAAUCCACGAGUGAUCACCAAGGUCAGAUGGAGCGUGUGCUACAGGUCGCGCUCUGGUGCGCACACACUGAACCGACGCAGCGGCCAUCCAUCAAAGAAGCCAUGAGGGCCUUGGAGUCGAGGGAUGUGGUGAUCCCUCAUUUAACACUGCCAGGGUUUGUGGCUGGUCCAUCAAAUCUUGUUCUUGAUGACAUGUCAUGUGAGACCUCAGACAGUGUUAUAUCCUCGGCUACCAGCCGGGCCUAG